AUGAAUCUUCCUAAAGUCUCAUAUUGUGUUCCUGGCUGCUGUAUAAUAUAAUAUAGUACAGGAGCAGUAGUAAUACUACUAGUAGUACUUUUUGUUGUCCCCGCAAACAGAAAUUUAAGUACAUACCGUAUUUGAAUUUAGAAAGGAUGUGACUUCGAAUUUUGUGUUCCAUAGCGAGCCAUUUUUAACUCGCCACUGUUUUAACAAAUAUCGUCACUCGGUUAAGAAGUAUCAGGAAGUGGCGGCCACAAGAGAAGCGAAGGGCCCGAGAGGAAAUGCCCGUGAGAUUUAUUCAACAUACAUCGCACAAUGGGGGUUAAGAAGCGCUCUCUACUUUUCCUGCCAUCAAUGAAGACUCAGUGAUUGGUCCGUUCCCAGCGUAAACCCGCCUUCGCUCGUCUUCCCAGUGCGGCAACUGGUUAAACCAGAAUGGAGGACACUUACAAUAACAGGACUUCCCUGGUUAAAGGGGCCAAGGACAUGGUCAAAGAGGCAAAGCGGCAGGCGACCAAGAAGGUCAACAGGGUGGUGGACCGUGCCGCGGAUGAAUAUUCAUCCCACCACAACUAUUCACGGUUCCAGGACGAUGCAGACGACGACGAGGAUUUCUACAGGAAUCCACCUCAGCAAGACGGAGAGGGUUACCACGACAAUGACGAGGGCUCCAGCGACGCCACCGAGGGCCACGACGACGAGGACGAAAUCUACGAAGGCGAAUACCAGGGGGUCCCCUCCACAGGCGACAAAAAGCUUAAAGAGGGCCAAGUGGCCCUGGGGCAACCGAUGUCCGAUGCGGUCCGGGACAGAAAGGAGCUGGAGCAGGAGCGACGGGCGGACGAGGAGGAGCUGGCGCAGCAGUACGAGCUCAUCAUCCAAGAGUGCGGCCACGGGAGGUUCCAGUGGCAGCUGUUCCUGGUGCUCGGACUGGCCCUCAUGUCGGACGGGGUUGAGGUCUUCGUGGUGGGCUUUGUGCUUCCCAGCGCCGAAACAGACAUGUGUGCGCCCGACUCCAGUUCAGGAUGGCUAGGGAGCAUUGUUUACUUGGGGAUGAUGCUGGGAGCGUUCUUUUGGGGAGGAAUGUCCGACAAAGUGGGCCGCAGACAGUGCCUCCUCGUCUGCAUGUCCACCAACGGCUUCUUCGCCUUCCUGUCAUCUUUCGUCCAGGGAUACGGCGUCUUCCUCGUUUGCCGCCUCGCCGCCGGCUUCGGGAUAGGAGGCGCAGUGCCCAUUGUUUUCUCUUUCUUUGCAGAGGUCUUAUCGAGGGAGAAAAGAGGCGAACACCUGAGCUGGCUCUGUAUGUUUUGGAUGAUUGGCGAGAUCUACGCAUCUGCCAUGGCGUGGGCCAUUAUACCGCAUUAUGGAUGGAGUUUCAGCAUGGGUUCAGCGUACCAGUUCCACAGUUGGCGAGUGUUUGUGGUGGUCUGCGCCCUGCCCUGCGUGUGCGCCGUGGUCGCGCUUACCUUCAUGCCGGAAAGCCCGAGAUUUUAUCUCGAGGUGGGGAAGCACGACGAAGCCUGGAUGAUCCUCAAACAAAUCCACGACACCAACAUGAGAGCGCGUGGGCAGCCGGAGAAAGUCUUCAGCGUUAACAGGAUAAAGAUCCCAAAGCAGCUUGACGAGCUGAUCGAACUGGAGUCUGAAUCCGGAAAUCCAGUUUCCAAAGCCAUCUUCCGGAUGAAGGCUGAAAUCCACGGGAUCUAUCUGAACCUCAUGAAGUGUUUCAACUACCCGAUGCGAGAAAAUAUGAUGCGGCUCGCCGUCGUGUGGUUCACGCUGUCUUUCGGGUAUUAUGGUCUGUCCGUAUGGUUCCCCGAUGUCAUCAAACACCUCCAGGCGGACGAAUACGCCUCCAAAGUGCAAAUCCACAACAGCGAACGCAUCGAGGACUUCACCUUCAACUUUACUCUGGAGAACCAGAUCCACAAGAAUGGACUUUUCAUCAAUGACCGAUUCAUCAACAUGAAACUCAAAUCCGUCACCUUUGUCGACUCCACCUUUCGUAACUGCUACUUUGACGACGUCACGUCGGUGGGAUCCUAUUUCCAUAACUGCACGUUCGUCGACGCCUUCUUCUUCAACACGGACAUCGACGACUCCAAGCUGAUGGACGGCACCGAGGUGGUCAACAGCACGUUCACCCACAACAAGACGGGAUGCCAGAUGACGUUUGAUGACGAUUACAGCGCCUACUGGGUUUACUUCAUCAACUUCUUGGGAACCUUGGCCGUUCUACCUGGGAACAUCGUGUCCGCUCUCCUCAUGGACAAAACGGGCCGCCUGUCCAUGUUAGGUGGCUCCAUGGUGUUGUCGGGCAUCAGCUGCUUCUUCUUGUGGUUCGGGACCAGUGAGUCCAUGAUGAUUUUCAUGCUGUGCCUUUACAACGGCUUGAGCAUCUCUGCCUGGAACUCCCUCGAUGUGGUCACGACCGAAUCUUUCCCGACUGCUCAGAGAGGAACUGGCUUCGGAUUCUGCAACGCCCUUUGUAAGAUGGCCGCCGUCUUGGGAAACCUGAUUUUCGGGUCUCUGGUUGGCAUCACGAAGGCCAUCCCCAUCCUGAUGGCGUCGUCAGUUCUAGUGGGGGGAGGCCUGGUCGGCCUCCGGUUGCCAGAUACCAGGGCGAAUGUCCUCAUGUAAACAGCGGCAUCACCGUGGUACAACCUCGAUAAAACACGGAGCUUCGGGGGGAUAAGCGAUCGUAGCGAAAAGAGGGAAAGUGGCUUGGGUCAUACAUGCAUGCGGUGGAUAUCAAAAGUCUACACCGGGGGUCUCAAACUCAAUUUAUCUUGGGGCCGCUGGAGGCGGAGUCUGGCUGAAGCUGGGCCGCAAUCUCGAUGUACGUGGAAUUUAAAUUGGAAAUUCAAAGCAAUCAAAAAUAAAAAAUAAAAUAAGAUGAAGAAGGAUGCUGGUGCUUACAGCUUGUGUGCAAAACAAAAAAACUCUCCUUGGCAACGCUGCUGUAACUUUCUCUCACUGAAAAUUGUUUCUCUGCUUGCAUCAAGCCCGGUCAGUGUCACACCCCCGAUAGCCACCUACCCCACCGUGAUUGGUCGGCUCGUCAGCUCCGCACACAACACUGUAAAAGUGCCAUCCAUAUAAAACUCGAGGUUCGCAUUAUCAUUAUACUUUCAUAUGAAGAUGGGGGCCACAAAACAUCGUCUCGUGGGCCGCAAAUGGCCCGAGGGCCGCCAGUUUGAGACCACUGGUCUACACCCUAUGUUAACAACCAAACACACACUUGAAAUCUACUGAACACGUGUAAAAAUGUAUUUUGCUCCAAUGAAACCAAGGUUGAAUGAACUUCAUUAUUGCAAUUGUUUUUUUUUUCAAAUUUUAUUUCCCCACUCUAAGAUAUUUUAAAAUGUGACAUUUUAACAGGGGUGUGUAGACUUUUUUUUUUAAUAUCCACUGUAUCCUAAAUGUAUUAAUCAUAUGUAUCUUAUUAGUAAAGCAGUGCAGCAAUUUAACCAUAGGUCAGCAGUACCAGAUUUCUCCCAAUUUAAUUAAUAAUUGUGCGUUUAUUUUAUCUGGAGAUUAUGGAAAAUGCAGCUGAGGGUCUCACACGUUUCCCACUAAAACUUUGGUUUCAUUUUCAUUUUGGAGGGAUCCCGGUUGUAGCCAGCAUCUUUUAUAGCGUUCUCACCUUUCUUAAACUCGAGGCUUUUAAUAUAAUAUUAAUAUUCUUAUUCAGAGGAGCCAGAUGGGGAGAAAAGUGCAAAACAAGCCGUUAAUGAGCUCAGCCAGCCGGCCGUGUGAUAACGGAGGGGAAUAGAUGAUCAGACGGCGCGGCAGCUGGUUUUUUGCUGCAAACACAACAACACGUUGCAGAUGGUCAGGCACAGUGCAGACAAAAAAAAAAUAAAAAUACAUGAAAGCUCAUAUAGAGACCACGCUGAACAUUCGCUCGUACUGUAUAGAGCUCGUGCACCUCCGUCCAAAAAUCACGUGACUUUGGUUUACCUCGCCAUAUUGUUGGUCAAGCUAAGCAUCGCUAAAUGCUGAGUCGGUUGGAGACGACACGGAAAUACGUCUUGUAGAACGACGCCCAGAGUCUUGUCCGAUACCGUCGGAUAUUUAGCAGGUGAAAAUAAAUGAAGGCAUGUGGAAAAAUUAGAUAAACUCGGCAUAGAGGACUCGUAUUUAAUGCAGAAAUCGAUGUUUUCGGCGAUCAGAAAUUGGACUGUUAAUUCGCUUCCGCUUGUCUUGGACAACUGGAUCUACACAUGGAUCUGGUGAGUCAGUAAGUAUAAAAGUCUGGCCGCAUACGAAUACUUCGUUGCAGGAUCUGUUCUCACCAGGAAUAAAGCCCACAUAGUGACGGGUUGACGGCUCGUGAACACGGAAGCGUGUUCGGCCACACGUUAACCUUUGCCGGAAUCCAUCGAUCUUUUCAGCUAGUAUUCAUUACAAAUACCAAUAUUUAAAUAAGUGACCCCUAGUUUUACACAAAUUCUCAACCAUUAACUAUUAUAGGGGGGGAAAAAAUGGAACGCACACGGAAGCGAUUAGGGUCACACUUAACCUCCGUGACAGUUUUUUUUAAACACGCAUUGUUCUCACAAAAGACAAAACUGGGAUUAUAAAUACUUUUUGCUCAUUUGAGAUUGAGAAGAAUAAUUCCUACCUGAAAUGAAGCGAUCGCUACACAGUCGUGUGUGCGUAUUUUGGUCGGGCACCAGCCAUCAUGUUUAAUUGCCGAAAUCCAUGGAUCAUUUCUGGUCUUUUCAGAUGGUAUUCCAUAGAAUGAUCAGGUCGAGUGAUGAGGCUGAAAUUUUAAAUUGAAGGUAUCGUGUAUCAUGUGAUUAGCGGCUAUGCCCCACAAGUAGGAUGUGACCUUGAGUUGAAAGGGAAAUUUUGGAAGGACCUAGACGAAUUAGUCCUGAUUGGUGCAGAUUUCGAUGGACAUGUUGGCGAAGGAAAUAUGGUCGAUGAAGAAGUGAUGGGUCAGUACGGCAUUCAGCAAAGGAACUUUGAGGGUCAGUUGGUGGUGGACUUCGCAUAAAGGAUGGAAUUGGCAGUGGUGAACACUUAUUUCCAGGAGAGACAGGAACAUAGAGUGACCUACGAGAGCCGAGGUAGGAGCACUCGGGUGGAUUAUAUUUUGUGCAUACGAUAUACCAGGUUGCCAGGCUACCGGGUUGGAUAGGAUUCGAAACGAGCUCAUUAGAGCGACAGCCAAAGUUGGAUGUUUUGGAGACAAGGUUCGAGAGAGCAGACAGAGAGUGAGGAUAUCGGUAGAAGGGUGCUGAGGAUGGAGCUGCCGGGCAAUAGAGCGAGAGGAAGACCAAAGAAAAGGUUGAUGGAUGUGGUGAGGGAAGACAUGAAGACAGUUGGUGUUAAAGAAGAUCAUGCACGAGAUGGGCUUAGCUUGAAAAAGAUGACACGCUGAGGCGACCCCUAACGGGACAAGCCGAAAGGAAAAGAAGAAGAAGAUUCCACAGAACGAUCUCUUUGAGUAUCCGUCUCUUCUGUCGUGACAACCAAGAGCACAACCGGUCUCGGGUAUCGUAAAUAUUCUCCUCCGGUUCAAUGUCGAGCAGCUCUGUUUGACGGGCAAUAUGGCGCCGUUGAAACGGUGACGCCACCUGCACGAGCUCUGUCGGCGUUUGGAAACUUCCCCAAAGUAGAUGUAGGAUACCAAGCCCUUUGUGUUUGUUGCCUUUCAACGUAGAUUAAAAAAAAAAAUAAUCCCAUUGUGAUAUUAGAGUGAUUGGGCCACACAUUGAAACCAACCUUUGAUUAUGUUCAAUAACUACGUGGGGGAAAAAAAUACAACCUCAGCGCUUUUCCUCUGAUUCUGCUUUACGUGGCGCGCUUGAGUGAGCAACCUACGAUAAUGACGAGAAACAAAUACUGAAUGCCUUUUUCAACGUGCCUCUCCUGAGCUGGAGCAGUCCUACCCGUUGUCACGUGGGACCCUGAGGUUGACGAUAUAAUCUGAACUAUACAUUAAAAAAAAAAAAAAAAUGUAAAAAAAAGAUCUUUCUGUGAACGUAUGUUCAAUCCUGUUCAAUUCUGAAUCAGUUUUUCUCUUUCUUUAGACUUAAUUAUAUACAUUGAAAUGUUUAUUUUUGCUGAGAAACAAUUCUUAAAAAAUUAAAAUAGCAAUUUACAUAUUUAUCUCAUUAUUAUGUGUAAGAUACCAUGAUAAGAAUGCAACAAAAAUGCAAAUAACUCAUAUAUGAAAAAAUACAGUAAUAAUAUAUUUGUCUAAUACUAUUAACAUUUCAAAAUAAGUACAUGUAUUUUGUUUAUUGUGUUUAAUUUAUAGAUUCAAUUCUGUACCCGCCGUAGACAAAAAAGUAUAUUUACAUAUUAAACUGAAUUAAUGAGAGAAAUUUAUUUUGCAAACUUUAUUUUGCUUAAGGCGUCGGGGUAUUGAUUAAAUGUACCUGCACGUGAGCGUGCGCGUGUGUCUAUGUGCGUCCAAGCAUGCAUGUGUGCGCAUAUUAACGUUUCAGAUUGUAAAUAAUGUACAUAAUCAAUGCUGAUAUUAGUGGAGUGUGUAUAAGCAAGUGUGAUUGCGUUGUGUGCCCGCAGCCGCCGUGUUCAUGUCGUGCGUCAUUGCAAGUCCUUGGCUAUCUAACUUCCGGUCUCUCCCACUCUCGACACAGUUUUGCGCGCGCGCCUGCGUUUACUUGCAUGUCGAAAAUAUGUUACCGUACGCUAUUUUUUUUGGUUUUGCUUUGAACUCUUUUAUCAGAAAAAUGACGGCAAUAUCCAGACGUUUCUUGAAGAAAAAAAUGUGAAUGUAGUCACUCUUGUAAGGAGGUGGGAAGCAAAUGUACGUGGACAGUAAAGUUGUGCGUAUCAUUGUGAUUAUCGGGCCUGCCGGUCGUUGCUGCAAGUUGCUGUUCUGAGGCCCGUAAGUGUGACGAUAAGAAGUGAAAAUGGCAGUUUGUGUUGCUUUUCAAAAUAUAGACAAUAAAAAAUUC